AUGGCGCUGCGGGAUGAGGAAGGCCUCACCCCUCGCAUGCGUGCAAUCAAGCAUAAGCAGCCGGAAGCAGCACAGCUGCUGCUGGAGCUGGAGCGGCAGCAGGCGGAAAGGCAGCAGCUGAGUGUGCCCAGCAGCAGGGCCCCACAGCUGGAGCAGGCUGAAGCCGCGGUAACUGGCCCAGCCUCCGCAGCUGCUGCCGAGGCUGCAGCCGAGGCUGCGGCCGGCCAGCUGCUGGCAGAGGAGGAGCGCGAGAGGGAGCAGCAGGCGGUCAGGCAGGCGGCCAAGGCCGCCAAGCGGCAGCGACAGAAGGAGCGGCGGCGCCAGCGGGCUGCUGUGCCGGCAGGAGACGCGGGCGGGAUUGCCGCAGGCCAGGCUGCGGGGGCAGAGCUGACCCCGCAGCAGGUGGAAGCGGCGGUGGAAGCAGCGGCACGUGUCAGGGUGUGCGCAGCAGAGGGCUGCGGCAACACGAGCGGCCUGCGUCGCUGCAGCGGGUGCAGGGCUGUGAGGUACUGCAGCGAGGCCUGCUCCCAUGCGCACUGGAAAGCACACAAGAUAGAGUGCCGGCGCCUGCACACCGCUGCAGCAGCUGCCCAGUCCUGA